AUGACGGAAUGCAUACGAUUGCCUGAUUUUCAGGCCUACACCAUCGGAUGGAUUGCUGCCCUGAACAAAGAGCUCACAGCCGCGCUAGCCAUGCUUGACGAAAGACAUAAGCAACCUAAAAACUUUGCCCAGAACCAACGAGAUACGAAUAACUACUCAUGGGGCCGAAUCGGGGCCCACUACGUGGUCAUCGCCUCGCUCGCCGAAGGAAGCUACGGCCUAGUUUCUGCAGCAACUACAGCAAUGAGCAUGGUUCACUCUCUUCCGCACAUUCGCUUCGGUCUCAUGGUCGGCAUCGGUGCUGGUAUCCCUAGAUUAGAGGACGGUAUCGAUAUCCGCCUCGGCGACGUUGUGGUCAGUCGGCCUGUUGAUGGAUCACCAGGUGUGGUACAGUAUGAUUUGGGGAAAGUGGAGGCAAACGGCGAAUUCCAGCGAGUCGGCGCUCUUGCUCCUCCUCCGGAAGUUCUUCUCAAAGGAUUGGCAAAGCUUAGAGCUGAUCAAAGACUCAAUGGCAGCCAAUUACCAAAUAUACUAGAUGAUGCUCUCAAACGCUUUCCGCGGUUGGCUAAAACACGAGGCAAAGACGCUACUUAUACCCAUCAGGGACUUCACAACAAUCGUCUAUUCUUAGCAUCGUCGCCACAUGCACAAACAAGAAGAGUACAGGCCUCUCUAUUUCAGAGGAACGGAGUCUCAAUGACCUUCGCUCAGCUGGCCUAUCACAACCUUGGGCUUUCAAUGGUUUGGAUCUGGAGCACAAUAAUGUUUCUUGUCCUUUCUCCGUGGAGGUCUCAGACCCGCAUACCUGGUGCCGAAUCGGUCAGGCCUGGUCAGGCUGGAGGAGCAAGACUUCAAGUCAUUGUCAAGACUGAAGCUUGCGUAUACUGCAAUCCUGAAGAUGAAAUUCAAAGAGAAGGUCGACCUGACAACGACCCUGAGAUCCAUUAUGGCAUCAUUGCUUCCGGAAACUCAGUUGUCAAGGACUGGUGCCUAUGUUUUGAGAUGGAGGCGGCCGGUCUGAUAAAUAAAUUCCCUUGCCUUGUGGUAAGAGGAGUUUGCGACUACGCGGACAGUUACAAAAACGACAGGUGGCAAAACUACGCAGCAAUUGUUGCCGCUGCAUACGCAAAGGAAUUACUGAGUGUCAUGGAUGCUACGAGUAUAGAGCAAGCCGAUAGAUUGGAACGCAUCAUGGGCAGGGGUCAGAUACACGCUUGGCUUGCUCCACCAGACGCAUCAGCCAAUUUCAAUGAGGCGGCCGGUCAUCAUCAUAAAGGUACAGGCCAAUGGUUUCUCGACAGUAAGGAGUAUCUCAAGUGGAAAACAGCCGCUUGUUCGUCUUUGUGGCUAUAUGGCCGUCCAGGAUGCGGCAAGACGGUCCUCAGCUCGACAAUCGUCAACGACCUUCAGCGUAUAGGAAUCGAAUGCUUGUACUUCUACUUCACUUUCACGGAUACAAGAAAGCAGUCUUGA